UCGUGUUCAUUUUAUCAGCAGCAACUCAAAUUUCUCACCACGGCCACUAUCGCACAUCUUGCUACCCCUUCAAUCCUCACGCGUUGUCAUAUUCAUUAUUUGGAAGCUUACACACAUCAUGAUUCAGUUGUACCCACUGCACUGCGAUUAGGCCAAGGCUCCGCCCAUUCCUCACCAACUCGGCUUAUAUACGACCGCCCGAUCUAGAAAGCUUUUGACUGACAUUUCAUCACCUUAUUCUCGUCUAAAUUUAUCUUUGCACUCUACUCACUCCCAAACGCUCAACAGCAUAGCAUUGACAUUCUGAACAGGCUUUACAGCUCCUAACGGUCCCUCAUCGUCAUUUCACUAUUUCAAUCCUUAAUCAUGGGUUUCCGCGGAUUUCUCGCAACCCUCUUCUGUGUCUCCGUGGUCAGGAUUGAUACCGGAUAUACACCUAGAACCAAGGACUUCUUCUCCAGCCACACUACCACCAUCUCUCCCAACUCAUCUACUUCUACAUCACAGAGCAACAAGCGCAUUCAAAAGUUUUCCGAUAAGGCAUCCGCUCGUACUCGUGUCCUUCAGGAAUUCAUAACCUCCGAAAUGACUUACGUUAAUCUCCUCCAAGAAUUCGACCAUGUUUACAUUCAUACCGCUUAUGAACCUCUUACCUCCAACUUUGGGAGCAAGGCCUCACCAGAAGUUACUUUAGGCACAAUUCUAACUGCUGAGGAGCGAAAGACCAUGUUCAGAGGACUUCAAGAGAUUCUCAAACUUCAUAGCCAACACAUUCUUCCUCAGCUAAUUGUCGCCACUAAAAGCGUCCAACAAAGCGACGGCCUCGAAGGCGACCGAUCCACUGAAGCUGCGAUGAACAUUUGUAAAGUUAUCUGCGAAUUUUCUGAAUGGUUUAAACUGUACUCGUCAUACAGCUCGACUUGUGACAAUGCGACUACUAAACUCACUCAAUGGAUCAGCGGCGCCGGGAUCACCAAGCAGGAUAAGGCCCGCGUACAAGCAUAUCUGGCAAAAUGUAAGGCAAACAGGAGACACUCUCAACUAGACAUGACUGGCUACCUUCUCCUUCCGGUCCAGCGCCUUACUCGAUACAAGAUGCUACUGGAGCAACUCGAAAAAUUCACUCCGCCCGCACCAGCCGGAACCCACGAUUAUGUCAGCGAGGCCCUUGCGCGUAUUUCCAUUGUUCUCGUCUACGUUAAUGAUUAUAAACGUAGCCUCGACUCUCGCUCUCGCCUCUGCCAUUGGGCGGACCAUAUCUCCGUCGUUGGCCCCUCGUCCCUAGUCCAGCCUCAUCGUGUCUUGGUCCGGGAAGGUCCUGUCAAUUUCAUUGCCCGUGGAGCAUUGAUAAAAGCUCCUCAGGGGAUUCGUAAGCCUAGCAAGCACAUGUCAAGAGAUAUUGCCACGGUAGAUAAGAUGUGCAUGGCAGUGCUGUGUCAUGAUUUAUUAGUGUUGGCGGAUAGCGCAACGGAAAGAUAUAAAGGCAAGUUGGGAUUGGUAGAUGUCGUGAGAUUAAGUGCAAUGGGAGAGGCAAGGGUUGAAUGGAGGAAUGUAGUUGUGUUUGAGGCGUAUGAUGUCUCGUACUACCUGCAAGUCGAUAAUCAGACUGUCGCCGAAGGUUGGGUGCAAGCUAUCAACCAUUGUAGACGGAAAUAACGACCCAGUUGCGAUUUUAACACUCACGGUAUGGCUCAAGAACUUCGAGUACUCUUGAUACCCUGGCUUUUCAGAUUAAUACCAUCAGAUCCUUUCCUGAAUUUCGGUACUCAUGUUAUGACUGCCCUUUUCGCUUGUUGUUUAUUCUACUAUUGACCCCCUGUCGAAUUUUUGUAUGAUAUGC